AAACAUUUUAGAGUUGAGAGUACACAACGUGUCUUUCUUUACUUCCGGUUCUGUAAAAAGGAAACAUCUGUUUGGUUCCAGGACAGGAAAAAAGGAUGUCUAGCUCUGGUACUGAUGCUGAUGCUCAAGAUAAACCUGUUAAAAUCGAUAAGUGGGAUGGCACUGCAUUAAAAAAUGCAUUAGAUGAUGCUGCCAAAAAAGUUAUGUUAGAUAAAUACAACAUGAAAGAAUCACACUCUCUCAUGGACGGUCGACUGAUGAUCUGCACAGUUGCUGUUGGAUUUGCUAUGUUUGCGUUGAUCUGGGAUUAUCUUAAUCCCUUCCCCGCAUCAAGAACCGUUCUAAUCAUUUGUGUAUUGUCUUACUUUCUUCUUAUGGGCGUGUUAACUUUAUACACCACUUAUACCGAAAAGGGUAUAUUUCUAGUGGCUUUAGAUAAAGAUAAAGCUGGAGUAGAUCCCGAUGACAUAUGGACCUUGGCAUCAGUUCUCAAAAAAUAUGAUGAUAUCUACAUGCUGAGUUUAACUUUUGAAGAUGGAAAGACAAAGAAACAACGAACAGUUGAAAAGGGGCACUCUGUGGCUAAUUACUUUGACGAAGAAGGAUCCUUAUGUGUAGAAAAAUUUGAACCAUUUGUCCGACUACUGAAAGACAGUCUUAACUUUGAAAAGAAAGGAAAUUAGCUUUGAGAAAGUAGAAUGCAUGAGUGAAGAAGUGUCCCCCAAAAAUUAUAUUUUAUUUUUGUUUGAAAGUCUGUUUCCAUAUUAUAUAACUUCAGUACUUCACCCAUGAACACUUUUCACUGUGUAAGCUUAAUAAUGUAUGAUGUGUCCAAGUAUAUUUUUUUUUUUUUUUUUUUAAAAACCCUACAGAUUUAAAGUUUUAUGAGAAUCAAUUCAUAGCUACAUAUAUUGUACAUGCAGCAGACGAAAACUAUCAAUUUCUUUUUAAUAUCUGUAUAUAUUCGUAAAGUUAAUGGUAGUGGGUUAAAAGUGUUAUUCUAGUGAAUGCAUCGUUGUUACUUUGUGCAAAUGAGAAAUCAAGUCACAUGGGAGAUUGUCUAUUUGUUACAUUUUUAUGGCAGAUGUCUAAUACAUGAAUGAUUGAAAUAAAAAAUAAUGUCUUCUACUAAUAUAUAACUGCGUUUACAUGCCCAUUUAACUCUUUCUAAUAAAUGAUUGUACAUGUAUUAUAUGUUUGUAAAGUAGAUUCACUUUAUUACCUCUUACCUCAUUAGGAGCAGAAUGAGUUAAUCAAAUAAAUUAGUUCAUAAAUUGUACAAAUAGCAACCAAGAUGCAUGAAAGUCUUUUUUGCUGGUCCAAUUCGCUUUUUUGACACAUAACAUCUUUUCUAUACCAACAGAUGAGUGGACUGUGUGCUACAGCUUUUCGUUGGCUUUGCAAUAUAGAUCUUAUAAUCGGUAUUCACCCGUCAUGACAAACAUUCCCUAAUUUAAUGGAGUGAUGAUAUGGAAUGUGUAGAUGACAAAUCAUGCCUUAUUUAUUAUGUGUUUGGUUUACCAGUAUGACCUAGUCUUUUACUUGGUAGCACUGAUUAACUGGUGCUUUGUGAAUAGUAUGUUUUCUUAGUUUAAGAUUGAAAAUAUUUUAUAGUUGUAGUUACGUGUAUAAUUUUGUUUCAAACUGACAAUAACAUUGGCUUGUUUAAUUUAUGUGGGUUGAGGGCAAUUAUAUCAACAAAAAACAAAUUGGAAUAAGUCUACUAGUGCUAUAAUAAAAUAUGAAGCCGACAUUGCAUUACGACAGGCAAUUUUCUUUUGGGAUGCUUCAGUGUUUGCAUUAUGGUAAUAUUAAAGUACAAUUUUCAAAAAGUCCCGCAUGUUAAAGAGCAGUUGAAAAAAAAUACUCUUGUUAUUGAAAUAUUUGCAUGUAUCGUCACUUAAAUUUGUGUUUGGAUAUUGUGUAAUAUGAGAUGUAAAUACUAUCUAACCAAAUGUAUCCAUAAAACACAUUGUAUUCUGUAAGCACAAUUGCAAAUAGCUGUUAAUUAGAUGUAACUUAAAAAUGUGCAUAUAGUACCUGGAUACUAAUGAUUUUAGAAAUGCUUAUCUUAUAGCACUAACAGUUGUUACAUGUGCUUUCUGACGAUUCAUUGCAUACUUUUUUUUUUAAAGUUAAUUUGAUGUAUCUAUUAUAUUAUAAUUGUUCAUAAUCAAAGUAUUCUUGAUUUAUAAAUAAAUUGUCUUUACAAUU